AGCAGCAGAAGAAGAAGAAGCCGUCAUAAAGCAGCAGAAGAAGAGCGCGAGGGGACCAGUUAGCAGCUGGCUAACGGGAUGCUAAGCUAACGGGAGCUGAUUAACGGGAUGUCGACGGUCUCUAAAGUGGUUCUGGGAGUUUCUGUGGUUCUGACUCUGAGCACCGUGGCUGCUGUUCACCUCAAGCAGUCCUGGGACCGACAGCGGCUCCACGAAGGCGUCCUCAGGGAUCUGGAGCGGCUGCAGAGGAAGAAGGACAAUCUGCGCCUCCUGGAGGAGCAGAGGGCUCUGACCUCACAGCUGGAGGAGGAGCGGCAACGCCCACAGGAGCACUGAGACAGGUGUGAUGGACAGCAGCAGCGAGCAGCUGGGGGGAGGGGAGGACGAGGCGGCCUGCACCUCAGCCUCAGAGGGGCCUGGAGGAGGGGGGAGGUGGAGGGGGAGACGCUGCUGAUCGUGGAGUCU